AUGGCUGUAGCACUACCAGAAUAUCCAGACUCCGACUUUUCUGAAGAAGAACUAUCACCUCUUGAUGUUUCUUUCAACAAAGCCUCUGACCAUGUAAGGAAGAUCACUUCAAAACUAUCAAAUGGUCAGCUCUUAGAACUUUAUGGGCUGUUCAAACAAAGUACUGAAGGUCAAUGCAACACUCCAAAACCAAGUUGGUUAGAUGGAAGAGGGCGUAAAAAAUGGGAUGCUUGGAAAAGUUUAGAUGAUAUGCCGAGCAAUGAGGCAAAGGAGAAAUAUGUUGCAUUGGUCCAAAAAUAUGAUCCAGAAUGUGGUGUGUCUAUUCAGAGCAAAGAUAAUGCAAAAGAGGCUUGGGUUGCAGUUUCUUCACUCCGCUACAGUCCAGAACCUGAAUUGGUGCACCAAGAGUUAUCUAUUUUAGAAGCAGCUAGAGAGGACUUAGGGGAAAGAGUAACAGAACUCUUGACUCAGUUUUCAGAGCUUAAAUUUGAGAGAGAUGAGGAUGGUCUCACAGCAUUACAUUGGGCUGCUGACAGAGAUGCAGUUAGUGCAUUGGAGGCGGCCUUAAAAGGCGGUUGUGAUAUAAAUGCUGUAGAUAAUAGCGGUCAGACUGCCUUACAUUAUGCUGCAUCCUGUGGACAUGUGAAUUCAACAAAGCUGCUUAUAAAAAAUGGUGCUAAGUUGGUUAACGAUGAAGAAAACUGUACACCACUAGAUUUAGCUUCUGAUGACGAAAUAAGGAAAAUUCUGGAAGGUGCACACAAG